UAAUGGAUAAAAAGAAAAGUUAAUUUUAAAAUAUCGAAGAAUACAAUAAAAUGAUGUUAAGUAAAAUAAUAGGAAAAAGGAUACAGAAAGCUUAAUAAUGUUUAAUAAAAUUUAAAAGAUCAGUUCGUAGAAUAAUUGAGAUGAAUCAUUUAUUAGAUGAUACAAUCCAAAUUUAUGGAGAGAAUUGA